AUGUCUCGAGGAGGAGGACGCGGCCGCGGCCGCGGCACACGGCGCGAAAUGAGCGCACUGCAGACUGAGUUGAUCGGCAAAUCCCUGUUCAGCAAGGUCGACGACGAGUCCAGCGUGUUCCCCGAGUACGACGUGUCGACCGGCAAACCGCCCUCCAGAGAGGAAACACACAUCGCUCAGCUGCUCUCCUCCUACCGCCAGACCCUGGUAACCUCGAUGUUCUACCUGCAGCCACCAGCGCCUCCCCGCGACAUCGAGCGGUUCUCGGACCGCUUCUACACGACCGACGCCAACCGCAAUCCCUCGCUGCGGACACUCAAAACCAGCCUCGAUCUGUUCCCGGACGAGCUGCACAAUGAGGACGAGGAGAUGGAGGAGAUCGCCGAGGAGGACGAGGAGGAGGAGAACGACUACAUGGACUCGUACUUUGACAACGGCGAGGCCGACGACAUCGGACGGCAUGGACGACGAUGA